AUGUCACGACGUGACUUCGACGCGGGUGCGGAGGAUGCGGGACAGGUGGAGGGUUCUAAAGAGAAGACUGCCAAGUACCAGGUCUACCAGCGCGUGGCUCUGAUCCUGGCUCUGGUCUUCCUCAUUUCUGGUGUCUGCAUUUUCAGCUUAGCCUAUCUGUGGAGACCCAGCCUGGGGAAAGUCUACGACCAUGAGUACAAAGCGGUGCUGGAUGGCGUCGAGAGAGACGGACUGAUGGAAAUCGACCCCGUUCGACAGGUUGAAAUUUUCCGGAUCGGAAAUGGGAGUCAGCAGGUUCUGGAGGUGCACGACUUCAAAAACGGACUCACUGGGAUCCGCUUCGCCGAACAUCAGAGGUGCUACAUCAGGGGCCAAACCAGGAAGCUCCCGAUUGCGCCAGAGGUGGAAGCCGACGACGGCGGCUUAGAGGUGGAUGGAGUGGACACCAAGGUGGAGGACUCCCAAGUGUGGGUUCCAGCUGAGGAGCCCAUUGAUGACCCACAGUUCCUCUUCCAGUCCAAGAUCUGGGAAUUCUGCCAGGAGCUACCCAUCCACUGGAUCCACCCCUCCCCCCUGAGUGAUCCGGACUUGCAGGAGGAGGUCGAUCACCUGGACGCCCCCGAAGCCGAGGUCAAAGGCCACCGCUUUACCCGCCAAUCGGAGUACCACACUCAAGUCAACGACUACAGAGCAGUAGGUCUGGAGUUGGACAACCGCCUGGACGAGCGCGGCUACUGCUGCCAGUACUGUCAACAAGGCUACCGCUUCUGCCGCCGCUACUACGUGCCUCUGGGCGGCUUCAACCAGUGGCCCUACUACUACCGAGGAGGCCAUGUCAUCUGCCAGAUGGUCAUGCCGUGCAACUGGUGGAUCGCACGCAUGCUGGGGAGGGUCUGAGGCGCCAACGACUGCCAACACGACUGCACACUUUGAUCCGUUUAUUCACACCACUUGUGAAAUGAAAGUGGACGAUAGGCUCGGAAUUAUUGUCUAAGAUCAAAGUUGGCCAGUAGCGCACUUGUCAGACUAAGUGGUCCCUUAGGACAUUUUAAGUCUUUCUUAAAAGGUAUCCACCCUUUCAUUUCAUUUAUUUUGCUUUUUAUUAUGUGUUUCAUUCAUGCUAGCAUGUUAGCUUGGAACACCGAUGUCAAAUGUUUGUAUAAGACAUCGCUUUUACUCCAUGGUUUGAAGAGUACUGUGACGUAUAAAUGUACACACAGUAGUCGUAGUAAUGGUAACAUUUAAGUUUUUUCUUUUUUUAUUGCUUUUAAAAUACGGUCACAAUAAUAAAAAAAUAUUGCCUUUAGAGUUGAUGCAUGCUAUAUCAGGUAUUUUAUUUAAACAGGAACACAUUUUAAUUAAAUGGGACUUUUAAAAAUGCAGUAAUGUUGAACUAUUUACAUCCUGAAUUAAUAGCAACAUUUCAAUGGUCUUAUGUCCAUGAUAUAUUAGUGAAGUGAAGUGAAUUAUAUUUAUAUAGCGCUUUUUAUCUAGUGAUUCAAAGCGCUUUACAUAGUGAAACCCAAUAUCUGAGUUACAUUUAAACCAGUGUGGGUGGCACUGGGAGCAGGUGGAUAAAGUGUCUUGCCCAAAGACACAACGGCAGUGACUAGG